CGGAAGUCCAAGGUGGGAGUUCUCCCUCAGUCCCAGAUUGAAGCGGAGCAGCGAAGAAGGAGAGGGACAUGACAGUUCUAUGGAGCCACUCCUGGUGUCAUGAGAAACCAACCAGCUCCUAGUGGAUAUUGAGGAAUUCAGAAGUGCAGGAAGAAAACCAGUCCCAUUGGAAAAAAUAAAUCAUCUAAAGGUUUUGAUUUUGCUGAAUUCUUCAACUCACUUUAGAUCAGAAAGGGAAAAAUAAGAGUCAAGUGUCCAUACUGCAAUUAUAUAUACAUAAUGCUGUCAACAUGGAGGAGAAAGGAUAUAAACAUAUUGAAUGUGGAAAGAGCUUUGUUCAGCAUGGAAACCUGAAAAGACAUCAUGGCGCUCACACUGGGGAGAAACCCUAUGAAUGCCUGGAGUGCGGAAUGAGCUUCAUUCGGAAUGGAAAUCUACUUUCACAUCAAAGGACUCACACGGGGGAGAAACCCUAUAAAUGCCUGGAGUGUGGACAAGGCUUCACUCAUAGUUCAGGCCUACGUUCUCAUCAAAGGACUCACACUGGGGAGAAACCCUAUAAAUGCCUGGAGUGUGGAAUGAGCUUCAGUCUGAAUGAAAAUCUGCUUUCACAUCAAACGACUCAUACUGGGGAGAAACCAUACACAUGCCUGGAGUGCGGAAUGAGCUUUACUCAGAAAGCCCAUCUACGUUCGCAUCAAAGGACUCACACUGGAGAGAAACCCUAUAAAUGCCUAGAAUGUGGAAUGGGCUUCAGUCUGAAUGAAAAUCUACAUUCACAUCAAAGGACUCACACUGAGGAGAAACCAUAUAUAUGCCUGGAGUGUGGACAGAGCUUCACUCAUAUUUCAGGCCUAUGUUCUCAUCAAAGGACUCACACUGGGGAGAAACCCUAUACAUGCUUGGUGUGUGGACAGAGCUUCACUCAGAAUGGAAGUUUAAACAGACAUCAAAGGACUCACACUGGGGAGAAACCCUAUACAUGUUUGGAGUGUGGGAAGAGCUUCACUUGUAGUUCAAGUCUCCGUUCACAUCAAAGAACCCACACUGGGGAGAAACCCUAUACAUGCCCGGAGUGCGGAAUGAGCUUUACCCAAAUGGGACAUCUACACUCGCAUCAAAGGACCCACACUGGGGAGAAACCCUAUACAUGCCUGGAGUGUGGACAGAGCUUCACUCAUAUUUCAGGUCUACGUUCCCAUCAGAGGACUCACACUGGGGAGAAACCCUUUAAAUGCAUGGAGUGUGGAAUGAGUUUCCCUGAGAGUGGAAGUCUACAUAAACAUCAAAGGACUCACACUGGGGAGAAACCCUAUACAUGCCUGGAGUGUGGAAUGAGCUUCAGUAGUAGUUCAGGUCUACAUUCACAUGAACGGACUCACACUGGGGAGAAACCCUAUACAUGCCUGGAGUGCGGACAGAGCUUCACUGAUAGUUCAGGCCUACGUUCCCAUCAAAGGACUCACACUGGGGAGAAACCCUACAAAUGCCUGGAGUGCGGACAGAGCUUCGCUUGUAGUCAAAAUUUACGUAGACAUCAUAGAAUUCACACUGGAGAGAAUGGUGAAAAUUGACACCAGAGAAUCUUUCAAACAUGUAGGAAAGCAACUCUUGUAAAUGUUAGAAAUACAGGCACAAAGGUUGGGAUAUUUUAUCAUACGUGGUGUAUUGUAG